UCAUGUGAUCAGCUGUGUCCAAUCACAGCUGAUCACUGAUAAUCAGUGUGCCCUGAUGAUUAGUGUAGCCCCAGCAGUGCCACCUGUCAGUGUCCAUCAAUGCCACAUAGUGCUUACCAGUUCCCAUCUGAGCUGCCAGUCAGUGCCAUAUAUGAGUGCUGUCUUUCAGUGCCCAUCAGUGAUGCCUGUCAGUGCCUACUCAUCAGUGCAGCCUAUCAGUGCCCAUCACUGCAGCCUCAUUAGCACACACCAGUGAAGGAGAAAAAUCACUUCUUUACAAAAUUUUAUAACAAAAACUAAGAAAAAAGUUUAUUUUUGCAAAAUUUU